AUUUAGGUGACGGACCGGACUCGAGCGUCGUUGGAGGGAGAUUUGAGACGCGCGUGGAGGACGGUCGGCCUCAAACCCCGCCGAGGACGGUUGUGCUUUAGUCCAUCUCUGUUGUCGUUAUAAUUCAUAUUCAUUGGCAUCAUGGAAUCAAACAGUGACAUCAAACCGACGCCGAAGGGGUUUCACUGCGCUCUGUGCAAUGUCAACCUACCGAACAUGCCAAGUCUGGAUCAGCAUGUCAAAGGGCGGAAACACCAGACACUGAGCACCGUGCGCUCCACCAGGAAGACUCAGGAGGAGCACAGUGUGUUCGUCAGUGGCAUCAAGCCUCACAUCUCUCAGGCUGACAUAGCUGAGCACUUCCAGCAGUUUGGACCGGUCACGGAUGUUAUCGUGGACAAAGACAAGGGCGUGUUUGCCAUCGUGCAGUUCAGCGAGCCGGAGGGUUUACAGGCAGCCCUCUCCCUCGUCGAGCAUCAGGUGAAGGGCCUCAAGGUGCGCGUCAAACCCCGGGAGAAGAAGGAGUUCAAGCUGAUUCCCAAGAAGAGGAAUGACUACCAGAACCUCCAACGGCUUCUCGACCGUCUCAAACCUGAGCUGUGUCAGUUGGUGUCUGUGGAUGCGCAGAUGCAGUGUGUCGUUGAGCGAUCUCAGCUGGGAGAAAAUGAGAAAAAGGCCCGAGGUUUGCUGGUUCAACUCCUGCAAGAGGUUUUCGUGGAGUUUUUUCCGGACAGCCAGAUUCUGCCAUUUGGUUCGUCUGUCAACACUUUUGGCAUCCACUCCUGUGAUCUGGACCUCUUCCUGGACCUGGAAAACACCAAGGUGUUCCAGGCCCAUGCCAAAUGCACCGCAGAACAGGCAGUGGAGGGCACGUCAGAAGAUGGCCGCUCUGAGGACUCCAUCCUGUCCGAUAUCGACUUGUCCACAGCCUCUCCAGCAGAGGUCCUGGACCUGGUGGCUGCGAUCUUGAAGCGCUGUGUCCCCAGUGUGCACAAAGUCCAUGUGGUCGGCAGCGCUCGUCUCCCUGUGGUCAAGUUCCAUCACCGCGAGCUCAACCUGCAGGGAGACAUCACCAUUAACAACAGACUGGCUUUAAGGAACACCCGCUUCCUUCAGCUGUGUUCGGGGACAGAGGACAGACUGAGACCUUUGGUGUACACCAUCCGCUACUGGGCGAAGCAGAAACAGCUGGCUGGUAAUCCCAGUGGCGCCGGUCCUCUUCUCAACAACUACGCUCUGACACUGUUGAUCAUCUUCUACCUGCAAAACUGCGAGCCGCCCGUCCUCCCCACCGUCGACCAACUCAAGCACAUGGCCUGUGAAGAGGAAGAAUGUGUGAUCGAGGGCUGGAACUGCACCUUCCCCAGUCAGCCCAUUGCUGUGCCCCGCAGCAAGAAUACACAGGACCUCUGCUCCCUGCUGUCUGGCUUCUUCUCCUUCUAUGCCAAAUUUGAUUUUGCAAGUAGCGUCAUAUCGGUCAGGGAGGGCCGUGCUCUCCCGAUCACUGCUUUCCUCAGCCGUAAUAAAGAGGAGGAGGCCAUGCAAGAGGAACCGUCCACCAAGACCCCUCACCAUGGUCCUAAAUUGGCCCCCCUAAAUCUCUUGGACCCCUUUGAACUGUCCCACAACGUAGCCGGAAACCUGAAUGAACGCUCCCAGCGCUGCUUCCAGAGGGAGUGCCAGGAGGCUGAGAAGUAUUGCCGCAGCCUGCAGUACCAGCGCAAAUCCACCAAGGGGAAGUCAUGGGGGCUGGUGCGCUUAUUCACCCCCCAAGGCCAGGUCGCACAUGCCAAAUCGGAGGCACCAACCAUUAGCAUUCCCUUCAAGUCGGCGUCGCUCCCUGAAGUGCUGCGUAACCAGCUUCACAUGGCGGGAGAAGGCUUCCGGCUGCUGUGGUUUCAGAAGGUUUGUGCUGCCGUUGAGGAGGUCCUCAAAAGUGUUCUCAGGUGUCACCUCGCUCACUCAGAUGCAGAUGCCGUCUUUGGUGAGGAUUCAGCUGUCCAUGCCGUAGAGGAAAUGGAAACUACCCCGACCUCCCUCAACACAUCACUGAACGACAGCUGGGACAGCGUUGAACCCAAAAAUGAAGGUAGCUCUAAGGUUGGUGGCAAGAGGCAGCUGUCAUCCAGCAGCGAUGCUUCUGUGUCGCCUCAGGGUAAAAAGCCUAGACUGGCAAUAAAAACCCGGCGAGAUUUCCCUCACUGGAUCUGUGUGCAAAAGCACAUGGUGUGGGCGGGCAGGAGGAAAGUGAGAAGGGAGCUGAUCAAAGAUACAGACUCGAGACCGGAGGGCAGCUGCGUGGAGAUGGAGUCCCAGGUCACAGCUCGCAUCAUUGACAAGGAGCCCAAGCUCAAGGAGCCGCUGGAGUUCACCGUCCAGCCCCAGAUGGUGGGCGGGACGGAGAUCACUCGGGCAGUGCUCAUAUUGGAGCCAACCAGUGACAGGGCUGCAGUUUUUUCUGACUUCUUUCAUUUCCUGGAAGCAUUUUUACCUAAGAUGGUAGAGACGCUGAUUGAGAAAGAAACAGGCAAUGUAUAGAUUUUUUUUGGUUGCACUUAAAACUUAACAUUUUAUUUUCUUUGUUUUCGAUCAAACAUGCCGUUACUGCUAGUUGAAUGAACCUUCGAGAGUGGGACACGAAAAAAGCAUUUACUUACGGUUACCAGCCACUGAUUAUUAUACUGUAAUAAUGUGAAUAUGGGAUUUGUCUAAUUUCAAGUGGUAGUUUCUUUUUAUGUAUACUGUAUAUAUAUUAUACCACUAUAUUUUGAGUUUGUUUCAAAAUCAAAUUUCCUCAAUAAGCCUGUUUUUGUGUUUGUGGUGUGGCUCGGUGUUAGUAAAUUUCUGUUUACACUGGUGAAUUUAAAAGAUGACGCUUCGAAGGGUAACUGCAGCGGCACACAUUUGGUGUCUGAUGUCUUUAAACAAAUAAAAGAGUCUUUGUUAAA